AUGGAGGGUAACCCCGCGGAGCACGAUGAGAUUGUGUCUCAAUUCUGUGCUAUGACUGGAACCCAGCCUUCAGAGGCCCAGGAAUACCUAAUCGCCAAUAGAUGGGACAUGGAAGCUGCUGUCACAGAGUUCUUUGCGGAGCAGGACGAAGCUUUGCAAGAUGCGCAUGCUGAUGACCGACAGAUUGGCACAGAAGGUACUGCUGGAGCUUCGGCAGGAGGUAGAACACUUGGGGGAAGUGCGGUACCAGCCUCGUCCUCCACUGCAGCUGAAUCCUCAUCAUCCGCCCGAGGCGCUGCGCCCAAGAAGAAGUUUGCGACACUAGGAGACUUUGCUUCAGGAGGCGGUGGCGGUGGUGGUGACUCGUCGGAUGGCAAUGAUAGCGAUGAGCAUGAUUUCUUUGCCGGUGGUGAGAAGUCGGGACUAGCUGUUCAGAACCCAGAUGAUUUGAAGAAGAAGAUCCUUGAAAAGGCCCGCAGGGCGCAGCCUCCUCCUUCUGACGAACCCCAGCCAAGAGAAUCGCAUUUCACCGGUACUGCCCGCACACUUGGUGGCGACGAUGCGCCCAGCCGGGUCAUCGAAACCUCAUCUGCACCGACUCAGCAGCGAGCCCAGCGCGUCCAAAGAACCCUUCAUUUCUGGGCCGAUGGCUUCUCGGUCGAUGAUGGCGAGCUGUUUCGGUCAGACGAUCCCCGCAAUGCAGAGAUCCUGGACGGCAUCCGCCAAGGUCGUGCGCCUCUAUCUAUUAUGAAUGUGCAACCUGGGCAGGAGGUCGAUGUGGAAUUGAAGCAGCACGAGGAAAAGUACAUCAAGCCUAAGCCAAAAUACAAGCCGUUUUCAGGAUCCGGACAACGCCUAGGUAGUCCGACGCCAGGUGUACGAGCUCAGGCCCCAGCACCUUCUACUUCUACAGCUGGGCCAUCUACUCAAGAACCAGCCAAGCCAACUGUGGACGAGUCUCAACCCACAGUCACUCUACAAAUCCGCCUCGGGGAUGGUACAAGGCUGACUUCUCGGUUCAACACCACUGCCACUAUUGGCGAUGUCUACUCCUUCGUCGCUGCUGCUACUCCAGACGGCGCGAAUCGCGCAUGGGUAUUAAUGACAACCUUCCCAAGCACGGAGCUCAAGGAUUGGCAGCUUGUUCUCGGCGACAUGCCCGAUUUCAAACGUGGAGGCGUUGUCGUCCAGAAGUGGCAGUCAUAA